UUGGAGAAAACCGGCCCAUUAAGUCGGCCUAGAUGGUACUCUAUUAUCAAAUGGGCCGGCGUCAUCAGAUCACAGAAGGCCCAUAACACAGGCUUUUGGGACUUCUCGUUCUCGGAGAUAGGUAGGUAAUUGGGCCCAGCAGAGGAGUCGAGCCCACGCGUGUGGUGCCAAUGGCGGCCGCGUCACCUCCUUCCUCCUCCGGACAUGGCCGCGGAGUUAAACCGCCCACCACCUCCUCUCCGUCCCCCAUCCCCAUUCCCCGGCGAUGAUCCUCCGGCUCCACGGCUCCAUCGCGCGCCGAUCCGCGGCUCUCCUCGCUGCCGCCGCCUCCCGCUAUGAUCCUCUCACGCGUCCUCUACCCUCCGCCGGGCUCCCCCGCCGCCUCCACGACGCCGGCGGCUCCGAUCACGGCCGGAAACCAGGUGGCCCUCUUGCGCUCUACAGGGGCCUGGUGAGCCAAGGGAAGCUCCAGCAGGACACGUACCAGGAAAACGUGGCGUCCGAGCUGGACAGCUUGCUCAGGAGGCUCGAGCAGUACGAGAUGGAAAUGGAGGAUUACCAUACUAAGCUGUCUACGUGGGACAGUACCAGGGAGAAGGAACGGCGGAGGCUUCUGCUGGAAGAAGCCGAGGAUAAGCAGCAUGAUGGUGUGUGGAUAGAUGAGAAGAGGGGGUUUAUUGAUAAAUUGAUUUCACGGAAACGAAGAGGAAAUUUAGAACCUGGAGUUGGAAGAUGGGUUUCAUAUUUGAACCGAGAGAAGAAACUAGAUACGUUGGUUGGACAGAAACCAGUUGCACCUGUUGCUCCGAAAGGAUUAUACCUUUACGGGAAUGUUGGAAGUGGGAAGACAAUGUUGAUGGACAUGUUCUAUGGGGCCACAGAAGGCGUCAUCAAACACAGGAGGAGGUUUCACUUUCAUGAGGCUAUGCUUGAAAUACAUGAGCAUAUGCAUGAUGUGUGGAAGACACGUGAUGAUAACAGGUCUACUCACUCGAGUGCUUUCAGUUGGAUAUCAGGCCUCCCUUUCGAUGCAAAAAUUAAGGAGUGGCUGCUCGGGGAAGAAAAGUACAAACAAGAAACACAGCAGAAGCAUAUCCUUUUAGCUGUCGCUGACAAGUUCCUUGUUGAUAGACAAGCAGAUAAAUGUGGUGCAAGCAUUCUAUGCUUUGACGAGAUACAGACUAUUGAUGUAUUUGCUGUUGUCGCCCUGUCUGGUAUUCUGAGCAGACUGUUAAGCACAGGAACUGUACUUGUUGCUACCAGUAAUAAAGCACCGGAAGAUCUGAAUCAGGAUGGGAUGCAACGAGAAAUCUUCCUUGAGUUAUUAUCUAAGUUGGAUGAGACCUGCAAUAAGAUUCUUGUUGGAACAGAGACGGAUUAUCGCCGCCUUAUUCCAACAGACAGCUCAACUCAGAUUCACUAUUUUUGGCCUAUUACUUCUGACAGUAGGAGUAUGUAUGAGGCCAUGUGGCAUGACGUAACUAACCAAGCAGGCAGAAACAUUACUGCAGUUACAAUUCCUGUAAUGUUUGGAAGGUCUCUCGAGAUUCCUCAGAGUUGUAACGGUGUGGCAAGGUUUGACUUUGAGUAUCUAUGUGGCCGCCCAGUCGGAGCUGCAGAUUAUAUAGCAAUAGCCAGAAAUUACCAUACAAUUUUCAUAUCAGAUAUUCCAGCUAUGAGCAUGAAAAUCCGUGACAAGGCAAGAAGGUUCAUCACCCUAAUUGAUGAGAUGUACAAUCAUCACUGCCGGCUUAUAUGUUUAGCUGUCUCAUCCAUUGAUGAUCUUUUUCAAGGAACCGAGGAAGGACCUCUUUUUGAUUUAGAGAGUUUCCAGUUUGAAACUGAAGCCGAAGGGACAAAGCUAAGGAGGGAUGUUUCUGCGGAAGGCAAUGUUGGUGUAGGGCCGUCUACUACAGGGCUAGUGUCAAUGCUGUCUGGUCAAGAAGAAAUGUUCGCGUUCCGAAGAGCUAUUUCUCGGCUCAUCGAAAUGCAGACCCCGCUGUACCUUGACCGUGUCCCGCAUUUCCAUACCUCUGUCCUUCAUCAACAACAGGGCGCCCCUGUUUUUGCAAAAGAUAAGACUAUCUCUCAGUCUGCUCCCGUGUAGACUGUAGUACCAUUCUAUUCAUUUUUCUUCCUCCUAGGAAUAACUAAUUUGGAAAGAAUGAGCAAUAAGGUCAAACAAACUAUGUGUACUUGUAUGUAACAACAAGCAGUCAAGCAAUGUGAGCAUGAGUGCAUGACACAUGCCAUUGCAUCUAUAUAGAUUUUCACUGCUUGCAGCCCAAUUAUGCUUUCAUAGUAGACAUGAUCACUGAUGUUGUUUCAUCAUGUGCUUUAUUUGGAACUAACAUCUGACCUACUGAAGGCUCGUUAUACAGACCUACUACCUCCGCAUCAUUAUCCUUGCUGCUACCUCAUCAUCAUAUAUAUCUUUUUUGUA